GUGUUGGCUCAGAGCAGACAGAAGCUCAGCGUUCACACGACCUGCUGCUGAUCUUCAUCACCAUCCUCUUCUUCCUCCUCUUCAUCAUCAUCAUCAUCAUCGUCGUCACAGAGACAAACAGCCGAGCACACGCAGAUUAUUUCAUCCAGUUAAUCUCUGAUUUUAGAGAGAGGACAGAGACGGAGACAGAGACCAUGUGGAGACACAAGUGAUGCUGCUGAUGAUGCUGAGUUUGGGUGUUCAGUUCGUCCUCUGAAACUGAUGCUGAUGCUGCUGCUGCUGCUGCUGCUUAUCUCACUGCUGCUGCUGCUGCUGCUGUUGUUGUUGUCAUGGUUUUCUCAGAGUGACAUCAAAGUUUCUUCGGGGAGAUUUUUCUCACUUCACACCUGCUGUUUUACUCUGAGGCUGAAGACGACUGCUCUGAUCUGACACCAGAGACAGAGACAGGACACCAGGAGACACCAGGGGACACCAGGGGACAGACACAGACAGACAUGAACUGUGGACAUAAGCUGCUGCUGCUGCUGCUGCUGAGCGUCUCUUUCAUCACUUUGACCUCAGGUUCCCGCGCUCGCGUCGAGGACCUCGCGCCUCGCAUCGUGGAGGAUCCCUCGGAUUUAAUCGUCUCUAAAGGAGAACCCGCCACGCUCAACUGUAAGGCCGAGGGUCGACCCGCCCCGACCAUCGAGUGGUUUAAAGACGGCGAGCGCGUGGAGACGGACAAAGACGACCCUCGCUCGCACCGCAUGCUCCUGCCCAGAGGAUCGCUCUUCUUCCUGCGCAUCGUCCACGGACGCCGCAGCAAACCUGACGAGGGCGUUUACACCUGCGUCGCACGCAACCACGCGGGCGUCGCCGUGAGUCGCAACGCGUCGCUGGAAGUCGCCACUCUGAGAGAUGAUUUCCGCCAGGCGCCCAGUGACGUGGUGGUGGCUGCAGGAGAACCUGCCGUCCUCGACUGUGUUCCUCCACGUGGUCAUCCUGAACCCAGCGUCUACUGGAAACGCAACAACGUCCGAGUCAGCAGCAGAGAUGAACGCAUGACUAUGCGCAGCGGCAAACUGAUGAUCUCUCAGACCAGGAAGAGCGACGCUGGCAUGUUUGUGUGUGUGGGGACAAACAUGGUUGGAGAGAGGGACAGUGAUCCUGCAGAGCUGGUGGUCUACGAGCGACCCGUGUUGGUGCGAAGGCCGGUGAACCAGGUGGUGAUGGAGGAGGAGACGGUAGACUUCCUGUGUGAGGUCCAUGGAGAUCCUGCUCCCACUGUGCGAUGGCGUAGGGAGGAAGGAGAACUUCCCCGCGGGAGGUUUGAGAUCAGGAACAGUAACAGUCUGCGUUUGUUGCGUGUGAAGGAGGAGGACGAGGGGACGUACACGUGCACGUCAGAGAACAGCGUGGGGAAGACGGAGGCGUCGGCCGUGCUGCAGGUCCACGGUACCAAACACACACACGCUUCACUAUUAUUUCUACUUCAUUUAAAUACUCACACGCCCUCAUUUCCAGGUUGCAGGGGUUCACAAACACUGGGGCGGGACCCACACAGGUGA